GCAGACUGCGUCUACAAACAUUUGUGAAAGACUGUGCAAUAAGUCCAUCCAUGAAAUUUCCUUGCUACUAAAUAUUCCAUAGUCAGCUGUUAGUGGUAUUGUAACAAAGUGGAAGCAACUGGGAACCACUGCAACAUAAAAUGACAGAACGGGUUCAGCGCAUGCUAAGGCACACAGAGCGCAGAAGUCACCAACUGUCUGCAGAGUCAAUAUCUAAAGACCUCCAGACUUCAUGUGGUCUUCAGGUUAGCACAACAGUGCAUAGAGAGCUUCAUGGAAUGGGUUUCCAUGGCCAAGCAGCUACAUCCAAGCCUUACAUCAGGAAGUGUGAUGCAAAGCAUUGGAUGCUUCUCUGUCUGGCAAUCCGAUGG